CGCGAAACUAGAGCCCGACUCAGACAUGUUGGAACAUGGGUAACUAUUAUCGCUCCACAUCAAUAACAAACAGCUAGUGGCGUUGAACUAGUACCCCUAGUCAGUUGUGUGUUGCGUUUUGUAAGCACAAGCUGGGUUCUUGGCUUCAUGACAGCAGCGGUAUUUAAAAGACAUAUAUCACUUUACAGAAAGGGAAAAGAAACGGGACAUAUUUGCUCUGUUGUUUUGUCGCCUACUAGACAUUUCCGGAACUUUACCGAUUCUGGGACUGACAAGGUAGGGCGCGAAUUGACAUUAUUGUGACAAAUGGUACGUGUAUUGUUUCACACUGCUGGUGGAGAACACGGUCUCCUUUCAACCGCACAUGUAUUUUAGUUGUAGCGUUGGUUGUUGCUAGGCAGCGUGAGUGACAGUAAAUAUGAUAUUGACACUGACAGGCAUGUCAAUGAUAUAGAAAGCCUUGAUCUACGAGCAGACGACACACCGUGCUACGAUUUACAACAAUUUUCAGUCAAAAUGAAUUUCUCAAGGUUUCGUGAGACGGGAGAUUUGUCCGACCUGACAGUGAAUGUUGACGGCAACACGUUUAAACUGCAUAAAUUCCCGCUGUACACUAAGUCGGGGUACUUCAACAACCUCGCUCGCGGCAACAUAUCGGAUACUCAAAAGGUGGAGUUGACAAACUUUCCGGGUGGUCAAGAUAUUUUCAGCCUCGUUGCUGAUUUCUGUUACAGCAUGAACUACGAUUUGACUAAAAACAACAUCGUCCAAGUACGAUGUGCUGCGGAAUAUCUUCAAAUGAACGGAGAAGCAAAUCUAAUCGAGAUAUCUGAAAAAUUCCUCCAAGAUACAAUUACGUCUGCUAAAAUGAGUCGUUCGAGUGCUGGGAUCGUUACCUUGCUGUUAUAUUGUGCUACUGUUGGGACGCUUGCUGAGAGAGCCGGGAUAGUGGACCAGUGUAUCGAGGCUCUAGUUGACUGCUGGUUAAAACUACCCACACGCUUCAGCAGCCCGACUUCCAAGAAGCCUUCAGAGGAAAAAAGCGAGAAAGCUUCCAAUAACCUAUACACUCUACCUGUGGAAUGGUUUGUUAAAAUUCUAACGCAAGGAAAAGAAAAGGGAGUGAAGCUCUCCGAGUUAGGAGAAAUGGCGAUAAGGUAUGUCACGAUUGCUAUAGAAAAAGAUGAGGCAGACGACACCAAAUCGAAGUCAGAUUCUAAAGGAAAGAUUCAAGAUAAAGAUGAUUCAACCAAAACGAGCACAAUAAGUUCGAAAUCUACAGACAAAUCAGUCGUUAAGGUUGACAUUUCAAAAGUCUUAGACGCGAUCCUUAUGGUGUUGCCUGAAGAGGCGUAUGCUGUAUCGGAGGUGACUACAGAGUGGAUAACGAAAGUUCUCAGGGUAGCAACAGCUCGUGUUUGUUCUUGUCGUGAAGUCCUAGUCAAGAUUGCAGGAGAAAUGCUCAACAAGCUCUCCCCGGAGGAUUUGUGUAUUAUCUCGCCGUCUGUUCUACACGACAUCGUGCUGGAGUCGACCAGGGGCGACGGAGACCAUGCCGAGAACGCAUGCAAGCUUGUGGAUACCUAUAUGUCUGAGAUGGCACGCAAGGGCGUCCUGACGGCAGAGACGUUCAAACUUCUAGCUUCCGCAGCGCCAUCUAGCGGCAGAGUCACCCAUGAUAAAAUGUAUGAGGUCCUUGAAUACAUCCUUAAGACAGAGAAGGACAAGCUUGGCAAGGAGCAGAAGCGGGAGCUCCUGGAGCAGGUUAACUUCAACCUGUUGUCGGAGGGGACGCUGCAGCAAGCCUUCGACUCGGAUAUCGUCCCCCAGUCUCUUGUUGCCCGUGGGGCACUGGCUCUGUGCCAUAAGCUUAGGUCCGAGCUGGACUCGGUCAAAUACAUCGCCCAGAUGCAGGAGGAGGAGCUGCAGAAGUACCAGGCCAGGGCAGCAACAUCCCCCCUGGCUCCAGCCAACGCUUCCAGGAACUCGGAUUCCGGUUUCUCCGACUCCCGAGAGAGCCUCAAGGCCAGCCCGGACACCACCGAUGCCGUGAAGGCUGCCCAAGACGUCCUCUCUGCAGCCAGAUCCAAACUCUCCGGUCCGAUCUAUUCCAGCCAUCGCGUCUCCCAUCUGCCCUAUAACGCCCCAGCUUCUUCCUACUCAGCCUCCACAGGUGUCGAGCACGACAUCAGCCUCGAUGACGAACUGGAGUUCAAGUUCGAUCGCAGCUUCCGGAGUUUGGACCAGAGAGCCAAUCAGCGACGUCCCACGUACAACCCCUCUUCCAGCCACACCAAACAUCGGACCUACUUCCCGUACUCACAUAGGUACUAGGUUUUACAAGCUAAUAUUCUCCGUGUGUGUGCGUGCGCACGCACGCACACACACACACACGCACACAACUCUUCGAUCAGGUUUGUCAGCAAGAGAACUGGAAUCUUUGUAAAUUUUCAAAUUGGACAGUUUGCUUAACUUAACCUCACGAUCUACAACGUCCUUUUGGAAUUGAUAAUGCUUCAAUCUCAGUCCAUAUCCAAUCUCAAUGAAGUCAGAUCUUAGUUCUCACUCCACUAAAUAAAGGUACUUUAUAUUUAUUUUAAUAAUUUUCAACAUCAUUAUGACAUUUGAUAGAGGAAUUGAUUGUAUGAAGCACUGUGGAAUGUGGUAACUAUUUAACGUGGCCCAUUGUCUCUAUAUUCAACAAAACGGGUGAAAACAGCAGUCUGUGAUUUCUGUGAUUGAUUGUGAGGGUUUGUAUCAAAGAUAGUUGUGGCGUAAAUUCGUAGUCAAUGCUACUAAAUGCUCUUACGAAAGCAAGGCAGUGUUUUGUGGGAAUCCGUUCCUAAAGCAAAAAAAAUCUUUGAAACGAUCCCUACCUCAUGUACAUAAUUAUAUUUCAUGAAUUAAUUCACACAACGACGAUAAUACUUCUGUAUAUAUAUAUAGUGCGUAUUUCUUCUAUUGCCAAACCUGAUUACACUGAUUUUACACAGAAAUUACCAACUGAAAGGGUAUAUUUUAAUGUAUAUAUAUUUCAUGCAUGUUUAUAAUUUAUGAUUUCCCGAUACUAAGCUUAAAGCAGACACAAUACAUAUUUAUGAUUUCCUGUAUGCACAUGUAGAUUUUACUGGAAUAGUGCCAAUACGUGAUUACAAUUCAAAAUUCUAUUAUAAAGUCACUUAUGUUGAAAGAGAAAUUGUGCUCUAUUAUAUUCUACUUACGUUGGUUCCAUGGCCCUUGUGACUACAGUAUUCAUAUUUCCGGGGUAUUCUGUUUGUGUUUAUAAAUCUGAAAUAACAUUGUACUUGUGUAAUGAAUGCUUAAAACGUUGUGCUUAUACAAUUUGUCUUUUAUCGCCCGGAUGCGAUGUUUUGAAAAGUGACUAUUUAAGGUUUACCUAUAUUAAGUGCUAGACUGGAACCCUGUCAAGUGAUCACAUAUAUACGUGCUAAGUCAGGACGCAUCCCGCUGGAGGAACAAGUCUGUUUAAUUAAGUACUACGAUUUCCUAUGCCUAUAUUCCUAUGUUCAGUAGGUUUAUUCACAUGAUACAACGAAAAGACACGUACUGGGAAUAACGCCAAAAUAUUGUUGUGAGACUGAACGAAUGGUUUAAUUAUGCAAACUGGAAAUGAUAUACUCAGUAAUUCCGCUAUUUUUGUUCAUAAUGUUUAGUAUGGUGAUGAUUAUAAAAUAUGUGAAACAAGAAA